AUGCAACUUUCCAUCUUCACCUUCGCCCUCAUGGCUAUCUCUGGUGUUCAAGCCGCCACCCAUAAGGCUGCGGCAUGUGUCUCCAACAGAAUCUCAGCCCCAUCUGGCGGUAGUGGCUGGAGCGUCAGCUACAACUGGAAGACCACCUAUGAGGUCCUCCCCGGUGCUACUAAAUGUGCUUGCGACUUUUACGCGGCACGAAACAAGGGAAGCGAGUGGUGGAACACUUGCCCUGAUUGCAAAUUUGAUGGUACUAUUUGCAACUCUCCCGCUGGUCACAUUGGCGGUGACGAGAUGGAGUACUACUGUACGGAGCUGUGUGGUGCUCAGGGAUCUGAAGCCGACUCCGGCUAG